CCUCCCCCAUCGCGGCGCUCGGCAGCCGCUCCGCGAUGGGAGCCGCCGCGGUCGCGGCGCACAGCCCGCGCUCCUCCCUCGCCUCCUCCUCUUUCUCCUCCUCCUCAGGGCUCCAGUCAGGCCGAGCCGCUCCGCUCACGAAAGGCAAACUGAAAUAUAACUUGCUGCUUUUUUGGGUCACAUGGUGACAACUUAUAAGAAGUCAGAUCUGCAACUUGAUGGGUGACGGUUUCUUUCAACCAAAAGAUAAUUCAAAAAUGGCAGAACUCUUUAUGGAGUGUGAAGAAGAGGAGCUAGAACCAUGGCAGAAGAAAGUAAAGGAAGUUGAAGAGGAUGAUGACGACGAGCCCAUCUUUGUUGCAGAGAUAGCAAGUUCAAAACCAGCAAUUUCAAAUAUUUUGAACAGAGUCAACUCCAGCUCACAUUCACGAGGAAUAAAGAAUGGUGCACUUAAUCGAGGUUUUACUACUUCAUUCAAGCCUACAAAUCAACGCUUCACGAAUCCAGCAUCAAAUCCUGUGGCUGCCUUGCCAGUAAAUUUUCAUCCUGACUCUAGAUCUUCAGAUAGCCCUGUUAUUGUUCAGCCAUUUUCUAAACCUGGUUAUGUAACAAACUCUUCACCAGUUCUGUGUAACAACUCCUCAGAGUUACUGUUUGACUUGACCCAGGAUACAGGAUUAUCACAUUACCCAGGGACACCAGCACUUUCUAUUGCAGGUUUGAAUGAAAGUUCAUUUACAUCAAAACGUCCUUUUUCUGACAUAAGCAGUGUUAACUCAAAAAAACCUAAACCCAAUGACAAUAUUUCUGGAGCAGAUGACUCUUCUGUACUCUCUUCAGAAAAGCCUCCAUCAGUGUCAUCUCUGCAGGUGACGCCAUUGCAAGGUGCAAAUUGCUCAUCAAAUCAAUCUAAAAAUGGAACAACUUUUCCAAGAGCAUGUCCUAAGUGUAAUAUUCACUUCAACCUUUUGGAUCCUCUGAAAAAGCACAUGACGUAUUGUUGUCCAGACAUGAUAAAUAACUUUUUGGGGUUGAAUAAAAUAGAAAUAUCAAAUACAGCAAAUGAAGCUAAGACUCUUGAUUCAGAGAAAGGAAAAUUGAUCAUGUUAGUUAAUGACUUUUAUUAUGGAAAACAUGAAGGAGAUGUCCAGGAAGAACAGAAGACUCAUACAACCUUUAAGUGCUUCAGUUGUUUGAAAGUUCUCAAAAAUAAUAUUAGAUUUAUGAACCAUAUGAAACACCAUUUGGAGCUUGAGAAGCAGAGCAGUGAGAGCUGGGAGAAGCACACCACUUGCCAGCACUGCUACCGCCAGUUCCCGACCCCCUUCCAGCUGCAGUGUCACAUUGAGAGCACACACACGCUUCAUGACUUUUCUACCAUUUGUAAAAUCUGUGAACUAUCGUUUGAAACUGAACAGAUUCUUUUACAACAUAUGAAGGAUAAUCAUAAGCCUGGUGAAAUGCCAUACAUCUGCCAGGUUUGCAAUUACAGAUCAUCUUUAUUUUCUGAUGUAGAAUCUCAUUUUAGAACAGCACAUGAAAACACUAAGAAUUUGCUAUGUCCAUUCUGCCUCAAAGUUAUUAAAAUUGCCACACCCUAUAUGCAUCAUUACAUGAAGCAUCAGAAAAAGGGAAUACAUCGUUGUACCAAAUGCAGAUUGCAGUUUUUGACAUGCAAGGAGAAAAUGGAUCACAAGACUCAACAUCACCGAACAUUUGUAAAACCUAAGCAGCUAGAAGGACUGCCCCCUGGAACAAAAGUUACCAUUCGAGCUUCAGUUGGACCUCUUCAGUCAGGACCUUCAGCUACACCUUCCAUCAGUGCAAGUACUUCUACCCUCCAGCUCUCACCUGCAGGGACUGAAAAUGUAACUUCUAAAACCCCCACUAACUUGGAUACAAGUACAUCGAAUACAACUGUAUCUGAGCCCAGUAAACCUAAUGAAAGCAAGUCUAAUGGAAAUAAAUCUAAAAACAAGUCAAAAGUCUGUAAUACACAGAAGAAACAAAGCACACCGACUAAUAGUAAUAAAAAAAGUAAAGUGAAUACAGCUUUGAGGAACUUAAGGUUACGGCGAGGUGUUCACGAGUGUAUUGAGUGUUGUUCUGAAAUAAAAGAUUUUGCAAACCAUUUUCCUACAUAUGUCCACUGUAGUUUUUGCAGAUACAACACUAGCUGUAGCAAAGCCUAUGUAAAUCACAUGAUGAGCUUUCAUAGUAACCGUCCAAGUAAAAGGUUUUGUAUAUUUAAGAAGCAUUCAGAAAAUCUCAGGGGCAUUUCUCUGGUGUGCCUUAAUUGUGAUUUCCUAACUGAUGUUUCUGGCUUAGAUAAUAUGGCUACACACUUAAGUCAACAUGAAACUCAUACUUGCCAAGUUUUAAUAGAGAAAGUUUCUGUUUGUAUCCCAACUUCUGAACAUCUUUCUGAAUGCAGAAACAGCCCAGAGAUUUCAAAACAUGUCCAGGGUGUAUCUGGACAGUGUCCCCUUCGAUGGACACAAGUGCUGCCUGUUCUCUCUUUCCCAGGAAUGAGAAUGAACUGACUGUGGGACCUGUUCUAGGUUCUGGCCUACCAUCAGACUGAGGCUGAUUUGGCCAGAGGCAGCCUAAAAGCCAACCAAAUUGAGCAUGACUCCCAUUGCUGGCUUUGGCUCUUGCUCUUAAUCUUAUGAGCCAAUUGUAAACAAGCAAAGUCCAUCAAAUCAGUGCUUUGAUAUCCAAAUUAAAAUGUUGUCAUUUUGGCUGCUGCCCUUAAAUAUUCCUCUAGCACAAAGGCAGUCCAGGAGGGCAUGCAAACACCCUGGAGAUAAUGCUGUGUCUAGUCCCCAGACAACAUUUCUCAAUGACAUGUUCUAAAAUUAUAGUUUUUUUUCUGUCAUUGAAAAUAUAUUGUCCCAUAUUAACUAUAAGUUCAAUAUAAUUCCCAUUCUUUUUAACAAUUUAAGUUAAUUCAGAUAGCUUGAGCUUCUGUUCUCUAAAUUUAUUGAUGUCCAUUUUUUCUAUUUUCUAAUACUUUAAUGCUUGUUUCAUUUUGUCAAGAUCUUGAAAAAUUCAUGUAGGCUGCCUGUUUGUAGCUUUUCUAUUAAGGUGUUGCUUAAACCACUAUGUCCUCUGUCCCUACUUGAGGAUUAUUAACCUAAGUAAUUGGGAGUUUUGGGGUGAGACUGCUUGAAGAUUAUAAAAACAAAUUUUAAAGUAACAAUUAAUAUGUAAUUUCUGCCAAGUCAUUAAUAUCAUCCCUUUGGGUAAAAUUAUAUUAUAGUGUAAUGCAUGAGUGUCUUCCUACUAACAUAUUAAACUUGUCACUUCCUAUCUUAGCUACAUUGAGUUCAAAUCAAAUGUUUUGAUCUUUUACUUUAGUAAAUCUUGUAUUUUUGUCAGAAAUAUUUCCUAAUGAAUAACUUCAUAAAAAACUAAAUUUUAUCCUGCAAAUAGGAACAUUAACUGCUAUAUGGAGUCUGGUUGGAUGACCUGUCUGCUGAGAACACAUCCACUUAGUACAUUUGUGUUCCCCUCAGCCCAACUAAAAGACCUCUGUUCUUGCAGCACUGAUUUCGUGGAUUUUGGAGACAAAGGAGGUGCUUUUUAUGAUCUUAACAGGAUCAACAGGCUCUUUAAUUAUAAUUUAAGCCUAUUUUUCUUGCAUCUUUAGAAUAUCUACUUACCUACCCCAAUGUCAGAGCUUCAUGUAUGCUUUUGGAAUAGAGAUAAAGCCUUUUUCAGAUGACCACUUUCUGUUUGAUUGUGUUCCUUGCAAUUAACAAAAAACAGAAGUUGAUUCCAUUAGUUUUAAGUUUCUGAACAAUUUUAUACUAUAUAUGAAGCAUUUCUAAAAUCCCUUUUAACAGCUUGUUUUGUAGUGGAUUUGAUACACUGGUCUCUAUUACUUCAUAAUUUCUUUUAAAAACUGAUCAGAAAAAAAUGGCCUUUUACUAUUUUUAACAAUAAUUCUCUGUCAUUCACACACCAGAGAAUCUGUUCUUCCUUGGCCAUGGUUGGAUAUUUGCAUAUUAACUCAUCUUUCACAGAACUGGUUUUUAUAAUGUGCACCAAGUUCACUUGUCUUAUCUAUCUUUUUUUCUUUCUUCCUUUUUUCCCUAGUAUUAAAUGAGACAGUCUUGCUAUGUAGCUCAUGGUCCUCCUGCCUCAGCCUUCCAAUUGCUGGGAUUACAGGCAUGACCAUGAAACCUCAAUAUAUUUUUCUAUUGAAGUUCUGACAGUGGUAACUUUGUUUUUAAAACAUGCUUUAAAACAACACAAACCUUUAUUAGAGGCCUUUAGUCGAAUUUGUUUAGUACUAGUCAGCUCUUUCUUAAUUCCAACCUGUCCUUACCAUUAAGUUUUUAAAAGUAGUUUAUAUACUGGUCACAUAAAGCCAUCUCAUGUCUGUGUUCUUUGGAGUUACUGCUGAAUAAAAGGUAGUUUGUACACUGUUAA